AUGCAAUUAUUUCUGUUUUACGGAAACGGAGGAGAUCCGUUAAACAGAUGCAAAUCCGUUGAAAUCCAACAGAGAAUGGAGUUUGAUCAAGAUAAUAUCAGACCAGUGGUAGAAGAAGAAGAAGAAGAAGAAGAAGAAGAUAGAUUGAGCAGGUUGCCAGAUGAGGUUAUUCGUAAUAUCCUGUCUUGUAUUGACAUGAAAUUUGGUGUUCAGACAUGUUUGUUGUCAACAAGAUGGAAGCUUGUCUGGACAUCAAUUCCUUGUCUUAAUUUCUCAAGUCGGAAAUUUGGUUGUUUACAAAAGUUUUCCGAAUUCGUGACUAAUGUUUUGUCUAAACGCAACAAUCAAAUACAAGUGUCAUCCAUCAACCUGGUAUUUUCCCAUAGACAAGAUUAUUGUGAAGUUAUAGUGAGAAAGAUUGCAAAUUAUGCCUUCUCUCACAAUAUCCAACAACUAAAUGUCGCUGAUGAUGAUCCUAAUAGGCUCCAUGAAUUCCCUGCUUGCCUUUUUAGCUCUCACUCUCUAAAACAUUUUACACUUCGUAACUGUUGUAUAAAAUCACCACCCACAACGCCUUGGGAUUUUCCAGCUUUAACAACUUUGCAUCUCAGUUACAUCGUAUUAAUGUCUAAUAAAACCACUAAGGACUCUGUACAUGAUAACAUUUUCACCAAGUGUGUCAACUUAAAAGACCUCACUCUGGAACAUUUCCGUCUCAUGGGCAUGAAGGUAUUUGACAUGGUAGCCCCUCGACUUUCUAAUCUCAUUCUUAUCGAGGGAAGAAAUGUAAAAGUCGUCAAUGUGAUUGCACCACAACUUGAGAAUCUCACGAUAAUUGACACCUCAUUGGAGUACUUGAAUGCUCCAGCAGGAGUUUCAUCUUUGUGCUACAAGUGUUAUUAUGGUCCUCCCCUGCAAUUGUCUAAAGAUGGAUUUCACUCCCUAAACCACGUCAAUAUCUGCUGUUUGGGUUGCUAUCCAGUAUUUGAAGAUGCUCGCAAAAUUAUUAACAUUCUUCAAGAGCUCCAUAGUGUCAAAUAUCUAACACUUAAUGUGCAAAUUAUUGAGUGUAUUUCCUCAUUUCCGGAUUAUUUAUCGCACCUUCCAUCACCUUUUGGCAACUUAAUUUGCUUGAGUAUGGACUCUCGCAUGAAUGUGGAUGCAUACAAAGUAAGAAUGUGUAGUGCAGCUAGAAACUUCUUGUUUGACAACUCCCCAAACGCGACGUUCACCAUGGACUUACCCGAGGAAACGCCUGGGCUUGCUGUUACGCCGAUUGACUGGUGGAGGUAUGUACGUAAGUACACCUUCACGGUGUCAACAGCUGCCAUUGUAGACGAUAGUCAUGUAUUUAAGAAGACCAAGAAGGAUAAGAAGAAAAAGGAGGAGGAGAAGAAGUUGUCACGUCUGGAUGCCAUCAUGGUGAUUCAGAGGGCUUUCCGAGCAUAUGUGAUAAGGAGGUCCCAGGCUCUUUGCCUGCUACGUGACCAGGCUGUUGCAAAGGGAGAAGUGCUUAAGGAUCUCUGGGCGUGUUGAUCUAAAAGGAAAAAGCACGUCAUGAUUAUAAUUAAUUAAUUAUUUAUUUAUUUAGGUUUAAGAAAAUAACUGUUUGACCCAAGUUUGAUAUUUGUGCCUUCUCUGGUUCCAUGCUAUGUUAAGCUUGUAGUUGUAUUCAUAAGCUAUGGCUACAUCGAGUCUAAUACUCGUUUACAUUACCUUGUUCCCAUACCCAACCUGUGAAUCAGGCUGCUGGCCUGAUCAAAAGAAAUCAACCUGCAAUAGUGAAAUAUAUGACCUGGUCUAGGCCUUAAGCCCUAUUGAUUUUGACUUUUGUGAUGCUGGAGGAUAGGAUUGUUGCGUAAUGUUGCAUUUGUGUUUUAUUAUGUAUUAGCCUGUUGGAACUUUGUUCUACAAAAAUACAUGUGAGAUUUGUCCCACUACAGGAAGAAGAGAAAACCUUCUUAAAAUCUCACAUAUAGGAAGAAGAGAAGAGAAAACCUUUUAUGCUUUAUAAGACUUUUCCUACUCAUUUAGGACUAGGUAAUGUGUUUAGUAUCUUGGGUUUAGGUUUGGGUUGUGGUGUUGCAAUAUUUAUUAUAUAUAUUAAUCUUUAUUUAUUAAAAUUUGUUAAGUAUAUAGAAUUAAUUGUUUGACAGUUUAUUUUUAUUUAUUAAAUUUUGUUAGUUAGAGAAUUAACUGCUUGACAAUUUUUAGCAGUUAUUUUUGGUUGAUGUUUUACAACC